AUGCCUUCACCAAAUGAUGUCAGAAUGGAAGAAAUACCACUGGAAGAUGAUGAACAAGACAGCAUCGAAUACAAGAUCCUAAUGGCCUACGCCCAGCGGCGGUUAUCUGUCAGUAAAUAUGAGAAACUUCUGAAAAAUGAGGGUAACGUGCAGAAAUUACCCUUAAUUGUGCUUCAAGGACCAAGGAAGACUGACCAUCAAAGGAGUACAGAUGGACCAAACCGAAGAAUUGUUCCUCAGGGUGGCACGAUGCAACAGCAAAGCAAAAAACAAUUGAAAGUAAAAUACUUGCCAGGAUAUUGUCUACCUUUAGUCUGCAGCACAGCAAAGGAGGAACAGCCCCCACCACUGUUAGCACCCGGAGAUUGCAUGGCACAAUUCUUAGUUGCUGAGAAUCAAUCUGAUAGCCUUCGAGAAGAGAGUGACACAGCAGAUGUCAGCCACAUUGCAGACAAACUUGCCAAGCUUGUUACUUCCAAAUCCAAGAAAUCUCCUUCAGAUGUGUCGUUCAAGAUAUUGUCUGAGGCUUCAUCUCGGGAACAAGAUGACAGCGAUUCUACUCAUGGAAGUGAGGGUGAGGAACAUGAUGAAGAAAAGAUAAUACAAACAAUAGUUUCACUGUUACGACAAGAAGGGGACCAACUAGAAGAAAAGAUCAAAGAGGACAGGGUUUUCUAUCAGCAUUUUCGAGACAUGCUGUCCUACCCCUUCUUCAAGAGGAUCACUGAUUUGUUCCUGGAGGAUGUCUCAGCGGAUUCAACAAGUGAGCCGGGAGGCCAAGUACAAUGCACAAAAGUCGCCUUUUCAAUGGAAGUUGCCACCAGACUUACUGCUGUGGACAACCAUCCUAUGAACCUAGUCUUGGGCUUUGGAUUAAAGUACCUCAGAGAUCACUUCAAGCCAUGGAUUCAGGAGCAGGGUGGCUGGGAGAAGGCUUUGGCUUCACUGUAUCAGGAGGAAGUAGAAUAA